AUGGCGGCGCCGCCAGCCACGCCUGCAGGUUCACCGAGACAGAGCGCUCGACCUGGAGCGCGCCAUAGGGCGGCCGGUAUUCCCCAAGGCCAUAGGCGAGCUACACGGCCACUCGGGCGUUGCCCGCCUUGUCCUCUUCUACGUGCUGACUCUUCCGGCUAG